UUCAAUUGCCCGCCGAGGAAAGUCCAAAAGAGAGAGAGAGAGAGAGAGCCCAUCUCUCGCGGCGCCUCUCACCACUUCACUCUGCAAACCGGAAAAAAAAAAAUCAAAAAUUCAAUUUUUCGGAAGAAGACGAGAGACGGAAAAAAAAAUGAAAAAGGGAGAAGAAAGAGUAAUGGAAGAAGAAGACGACCAGCAGAAAGCAGCAGAUCUAGUCCACGAGCUCGUCCUCCGCCUCCUCUCCCAAAACCCCCAAACCCCAACCCCCGAUCCAACCUCCCCCUCCUUCCUCAAAACCCUCCGCUACGCCCACCGCAUCCUCCGCAGCCGCCUCACCCCCUCCGUCUCCCCCGACGCCUCCGCCAUCGCCGAGUCCCUCAAACGCCGCCUCGCCACACACGGCAGAUCCUCCGACGCCCUCGCCUUCGCCGAUCUCUACGCCAAGUUCUCCUCCAAGACGGGCCCGGGGAGCGUCAACAACAAGUGGUCCCUCCUCUACCUCCUCAGGAUCGUCUCCGAGGAUCGCCAAUCGGCCGUCACCGGACUCGAUUCGUCGCUCCUGUUGCCCAAUCUAAACCUCGGAGACGAACCGGUUUCCUCCUCCUCCUCGUCGUUAGGUCGUAAUAAGAAGAGUAAUAAUGGUGUUUUGUUAGUUAGUAAAGAUCCUGAGAAUCUGAGGGACGUUGCGUUUAGAGAGUACGCGAGUUUAAUUAAAGAAGAGAGUGAAGUUACCGAGGAGGUUUUAGUGAGGGAUGUGUUGUAUGCUUGUCAAGGUAUCGAUGGGAAGUAUGUGAAGUUUAAUAGUGAGAUUGACGGUUACGCGGUUGUGGAUUAUGUUAAGGUGCCACGUGGUACUAGGACUAUGGUUCGUAUGCUCUCUGAGCUAGGCUGGUUGUUUAAGAAAGUAAAGUCUUUUGUAUCCGAGAGUAUGGAUAGGUUCCCAGGUGAGCAUGUUGGAACCGUGGGGCAAGCGUUUUGCGCGGCGUUGCAGGAUGAGUUGUCUGAUUACUAUAAGUUGUUGGCGGUGCUUGAAGCUCAGGGGAUGAAUCCUAUCCCUUUGGUGUCUGAAUCUGCUACCUCGAGUUGUUACCUUUCUCUGAGGAGGUUGUCUGUGUGGUUCGCGGAGCCGAUGGUGAAGAUGAGGCUGAUGGCGGUUUUGGUUGAUAAGUGUAAGGUGCUGAGAGGCGGGGCGAUGGCUGGGGCGAUUCAUCUGCACGCGCAGCAUGGUGACCCGCUUGUUCAUGAGUUUAUGAUGAGUUUGCUGAGGUGUGUGUGUUCUCCGUUGUUCGAGAUGGUGAGGAGUUGGGUUCUUGAAGGGGAGCUGGAAGAUACUUUUGGUGAGUUCUUUGUUGUGGGUCAGCCGGUUAAAGUCGAUUUGCUUUGGAGGGAAGGGUAUAAGCUUCACCACGGGAUGCUUCCUUCUUUUAUCUCGCCGAGUCUGGCUCAGAGGAUUCUGAGAACUGGGAAAUCUAUAAACUUUCUUCGUGUUUGCUGUGAUGAUCAUGGUUGGGCUGGUGCGGCUUCGGAAGCGGCGGCUGCCUCUGGGACGACGACGAGGCGAGGAGGGCUCGGGUAUGGUGAGACUGAUGCGCUUGAGCAUCUUGUUGCCGAGGCAGCAAAGAGAAUCGACAAGCAUCUGUUGGAUGUUUUGUAUACGAGGUAUAAGUUUAAGGAGCAUUGUCUAGCGAUUAAGCGUUAUCUACUGCUUGGUCAAGGUGACUUUGUGCAGUACUUGAUGGAUAUUGUAGGGCCCAAACUUUCUGAGCCAGCCAAUAAUAUUAGUUCGUUUGAGCUAGCUGGGUUUCUCGAAGCUGCGAUUAGGGCAUCUAAUGCGCAGUAUGAUGACCGUGACAUGCUAGACAGACUUAAGGUGAAGAUGAUGCCUCAUGGCAGUGGAGACAGAGGCUGGGAUGUAUUCUCAUUGGAAUACGAGGCCAGGGCUCCGUUAGAUACUGUGUUUACUGAGUCUGUUCUGUCGAAAUACUUGAGAGUGUUCAAUUUUCUCUGGAAGUUGAAAAGGGUAGAGCACGCUCUUAUCGGAAUUUGGAAGACUAUGAAACCAAAUUGCAUCACUUCCAAUUCAUUCGCCAAGCUCCAAGCUUCAGUGAAGCUGCAACUGCUCUCAGCCCUGAGGAGGUGCCAGGUUCUGUGGAAUGAAAUGAACCAUUUCGUUACCAACUUUCAGUAUUACAUCAUGUUCGAGGUGUUGGAGGUGUCGUGGUGUAAUUUCUCCAAAGAGAUGGAAGCUGCUAAAGACCUCGAUGAUCUUUUGGCGGCACAUGAGAAGUACCUCAACUUCAUCGUUGGAAAAUCUCUCCUGGGUGAACAGUCUCAGACCAUCCGCAAAUCGCUUUUUGUCCUUUUUGAGCUUAUAUUAAGGUUCAGGAGUCAUGCAGAUCGUUUGUAUGAAGGAAUUUACGAGCUCCAGAUAAGAACUAAAGAACCGGGACGAGAGAGAAACAAAACGCAAGAGUCGAGUUCAUGGAUCAAUGAGGGCAGAAAGGCCAUAACACAGCGUGCUGGAGAGUUUCUUCAAAGCAUGAGUCAAGACAUGGACAGUAUAGCAAAGGAGUACACAACCUCACUAGACGCGUUCCUGUCUCUUUUGCCACUCCAACAAUCUGUAGAUCUCAAAUUCCUCUUCUUCCGGCUUGACUUCACUGAGUUCUACAGCCGGUUGCAUUCCAAAGGAAAAGAAAGUUGAAAGUUUAGUUGAAAAGCAGCAUAUUCCACAAUAGCAAGAGAAGAAGACAUGCUCUGCUCUGACUAACCGUUGACUGCAUGCAGCAUGGGCUUGCAGAGGUUAUUUUUUUUGCUUGAAUCUAGGUGCGUGGAAGAAUCUGUUUCUUAUUUAUGAGACUGCCCCAUAGAUUGUUGUUUCAAUGGCUUUUGGAAUUGGGGAAACAUAUUCUUUGUGUUGGUAAACUGGGGAAGGUUUGAGUUUGUGCCCAUCAGUUUGAAAAUCUGCAGCUUCUUUUAGUUUUAAUUGUUCUUUUUUCUCCAUGUGGUUUUCUGUAAGCUCUAUUUGAGAGCUGUCGCUGAUUUGUGUAUGAUUUGCUUCAUGACUUGGUUUAUUGAUAUAAUAAUGAACUAGAUGUUUGAUAA